AUGGUGCGCCUGUGUUCCCGCGGUUCUCUGAAAUCCGUGUGGGAAACAGGAGGGGGUUCCCCACCCCGGCUCCAAGUGCCUCACUUCUGGAGGAAGAGCAAAGAAUCGGAGGCCUUUUCUGUUGUUUCACAGCUGCUGUCUCAGCGUAAACUUGAACUGCUGGAUGAACUUGUAUCAGCAGAGGUACUUCAGGUGCUGAAGGAAAAGAUUUCUUUGCUCCCUGACAACCACAGGGAUGCUUUAGCAGCUGACAUUGAUGCAAUCAUGUACACGACAGAAGGAGAUGUUCGCAUUUACUAUGAUGAUGACGGAAGGAAGUUUGUUAGUAUUCUGAUGCGUUUCUGGUAUCUGAAUGGUGCUAACCUACCUGACGAAGUACCAGGUGAAACCAAAGUUUUCCAGAUUGUGUUUGGAGAUGAAAGCACAAAAGAAAAAAGACAUCUUUUAACAGCAAAUUAUGAGUUCCAAAGGGAAUUUACAGAAGGAGCAAAACCAGAUUGGACAAUUACACGGAUUGAACAUCCAAGACUAUUAGAAUAAAUGCCUUCUACAGUCUUUUUGUGUACCAUUGUAAAUGUUCUGAUGUAACAAAUAUCAGGCUUUCUUGGGUCUCUUUUUUUUCCCUUCCUGUCUUCUCCAAAAAGGGAUGAAUUUUGUACAUUUGAUUUCCCAGAAUUGUUUCUGAAACUCGCACUAUGCUGCAGCAUUGCAAUAAAGCCUUUUCCCUGGAACAGGGAAAUGUACAAGUUUAAUUAGUACUAAUGCUCAUCCAAGGCAUUUAUGCAGCGCGGUUUCAUGCAGGCCAGUAUUGCGGGUAUGUUGACUUCUUACAUUCUGAGAAGAAAUGGUACUACUUGAAGACAAACAACCCUUUCAUGGCUGGUAGCCCUUCUGAGUUAUUUUCAUAUGUUUCUUUUUUCCCUAGGGACUGUACAAUAUGUAACUGAAUAAUGUGCAAGAUGAAAUAGAGGUAGAUUGACUUCUGAGAUUGUCUAGCCUCAGCAGUUCAUUUUGAGGUAAUCUUGCUUUUGAAUAUAUUUGAGAUUAAGAAAGUUAGAGCCAUUAUCAGUAUUUGGUACAGGACUAAGAAAAAACUUUUAGCAUUGCACUGGGAAAUGGAUCAAAUAUAGAUACAGAUACAUAGAUAGAUACAUAUAUAUAAAAAUAAAACCAACAUUCCUUUCAAUCCAGUAACAUACAGUCAAUUCCAAGUUUAGAGGUUUAUGAAAGUAGUAUCAGUUGAAAACAUGAAUUUAGAAGAGGACCAAACAGUGAAACUAAAUAAAGUCCUCUGUUUGAAAUCCUUGUUGAAGAAAUGAGCAAAUCAUUAAAAUUAGAUGUUGCAACUUAACCAUUUCCUGAUUCUCAGAUUAUCUGUUUCUGGAACAUGAGAUCCCUUGUGUAAGUAGCUUGAGAUUUUUAUAUGCAGAUCAACAGGAGAUCAUAACAGGGUUUUUUUAACCCCUAUCUCAACUUUAAAGAUCUUUAUCUUUGGCUUUCUAGCCAGGCAUGUUAUAGAGAUUCGUGCAGUAUUUUGCCAAGUGUAAAAUAAGUAUAAUUACUGUUAUUCACAGUAGUUGUGAUUGAAAAAUAUAAAUUAAAUUUUCCAUACUUCAGCAGUGAUUUAAUGAGAAGAAUGUUUAAAGCUCAUCAACAAGUUUUUAUGUCAAAUCUUGCCAAAAUAAUUAUGGUAUUUUGCUCUGUCUUAGCAUCAGCAGCCUGGCCUUAUAAUGGAAAAUUUGUGAUUUGUCCUGUGGACAAAGUUCAGUGAUGACAGAGAGCCUUGUCUUCAGGGGAGAAGCAAAAUUCUGUAUUUAAAAUUAUAUAUGGCCAUUCUGUCAGUCAGUCUGGAGAAAUUUGAGGCAAAGUGAAAAAUGUUUAUUAUUCUGUGGGCCAUUUGCUGGAGUGAUGCUAAAUGAUAGCAUGUCCAGUUUGGCCACUGAAUGAUGUGUUGCAAGAAGCUGCAAUCAGCUGUAUUUAACAUAGUAACAGGAGAAACAAGCAGAACACUAGUGAAGUGUGCAGAUGCACUUAGAAGAGAAGUCAUUAUUGUGGAGCAAAAGAAGACAAAAGCCAGUGAAGCUAUCUUUAUGUUCAGGAGUGUCUGCUUUCAUUUUGAAGUAAAACAGGUCUAUCUAGAAAUGCUUGUGUUUCUUAAUUUUUAAUCUGGGUUACUUUAUUUUUGUUGUUUGAUUGGAUAUAUCAAAAUGCGAGUCUCUGUCAUGGCUGAUGAGGGAUUGCCCUUUUACUAGUGAGUGCUCCAUUUUUGGAAGCAAAGGCAGAGUAGACCCUUAUGUAUGACUAAGAAUGAAAAAAAUUUUGUUUUUUCAUUCACUAUAAAAUUGUUACUUGAUAUGAACAUGCUCCAAAUUGAUGAUAACAUAGUUUUGCUGGAAAAAAAAG